AUGCCGUCAUUCUCAAUAAUAUGCUGCAUUAUUGCACACGUUCGAGCAAAGGAUGUUACUUCGAAAACAUCCAUAAGCAAACAAGAUGAUUCGAAAGCAAUAAUUCCCAUUGGAGAGUUUAUAACGUCUCAUAAAAUACCAGAUGACUUAGUCAGGCCCAUAAUCGAGGAGGAAAGUAUUAUCGAUGAGAAGAAAACGAUUUCGAAAGAUACGAAAAAUGUGAAGAAAGCUAAUUUGAAAUUAGAAUAUUCGAAUAAAAGAGGUUUGGAUUUAGAUACGAUUAAAUUGUUGGAACCUAAAAACGAUGAUCAAUUGGAUAAAUUCGAGACGAAGAGGCAAGCACGCGUCGAACUGGAAAAUUUUAGCGAUACUGGAGUUUUGGAAGAAGAUGGCGUCAAGAAAGUUGAUUCACAUCGUACGAUGGUCAAUCUUCAAAAAGAUUCGGUUAUUCCAGGUGUUUACGUCAGUAAUGAAUACCCAACAACUAUGAUGCCAAUAUUGACGACUUCACGAGAAGCUCGUUCAUUCGAUUUCGUCCCAGUGAAUAUUAUUCGUCAGGAUGGAAAAGAUACUUAUGCUUCAUUUGCCGACCGACAUUUCGAUGAUUUGAGUGACGUCAGUCUGGUACCAGCUGGUACAAAUUCCCGUAUUCAAGUGAAGAAAGGACCUAACGGAAAGGAUUACGAAUACGAGUAUGUGUAUUAUUAUUACGACGAGGAAGAUGAAAAUAAAGCUGGUACAUCCGGUACAGAAGUGACGAACAAUUACGACGUGAAUUCUAGAACUACGUCAUCCCCAAGGAGAGGUGGUCAAAGUGGCAACAGGAACAAAUACAACGCAGUUGAUAGAGGCAGCAGCACCGUUGAACCGGCUAGCAACGAAGUCAUCCCAAAUAGAAAUGGAAACCGGGGAAGGCAGCUCGUUGAUACGGAUGAUGUCUCCGAAGAAAGACUUCCAGCCAAUACCAGAUUUCCACCCAGAUCGCGAUCGAAUCACAACACAGGCACAACGGAAGCUACGAGAUCACGUGGAAAUCGUCCAAGACCUGGUUUAGAUCUCGUCGAUUCCAGUAGUUUUCGGACACAUCAGGAAGGGCCAGAAUUUCCUCAGGUUUUACCGAAAGGACCGGUAAGAUUUCUCGGUGUAACACCUAAUGAAGAUACAGAAGAGAAAUCGGUGACUACGAGAGGACGUGGAAGACAUAGGAUUCAAGAAGCUGCGGUUACUGAAGAUAUAUCAGAAAGUCCACCAGCUGUUACACCUCUGUCUAGAAGACGUCCAGUUACUACAAUUCCUGAGGCUGAAUUAGAAUUGAACAAAGAUCAAUCAUCGAAAUUGUCCAGCGAAGAAGAAGAAGCAGACGAAGAAAGUGUCCCGUCCCUUGAAAUUUCCAAAGAAAAAAUGUCGGCAGAAGAGAAGGAAGCAUCAGAAGAAACAGAAUCGUCGUCUUCCCCGGCAGACAUCAGUACAAGCACGGUUACUACGGAAAAUGCUAUGACUACCGAAUAUCCCUCGGCGAUGGACAAAGUAGCUUUAGAUCUUUAUGCAUUUUUACAAGGGCAAACCAAUUUAAUAGACAUGCCUGGAAAUGAAACUAACGAAUCAACUGAUUCCACGACUUCGACUAUUUCUGAAGAUGAUGAAUCAACAGAUUCGAUACCCACAACGACUGAUUUAUCUGGAUCAACAGCAAUUACGACUGAUCCUACAAUUGGUACGACAUCGGUCGGUACAACAACGACUACAACAACAACGACGACGACGACGACAACUACUACAACACCAAGUACAACGACUACUACUGAACCUACUACGACAACUACAACGACAGAAGCUCCUACCACAACUGUACCAACCCCAAUUGGCCGAGGCAAAUUCCGUCGACCUGGAGUAUCAGGUGGUGGAGUUGGAACUAGAAAUAGAUUUAAGUCAAAUAAUGGUAAUCCAACGAGUACGACAGAAGCAUCAUCGCCAGUAGAGCCGACGCAAAGAACACGAGGUCGUUUCGGAGGAUCCUCGAAUGGGGGAGGAUUUAAGAGACCAAGACCUGGUCAAAAGACAUCUCAACAACAACCAGUUGAGGAGGAUGCUGUUCAGAAGGAAUCGGUAGGUUCUGUUGCAGCUGAAAAACCUAGUGGUACAUCUCGAGGAAGAUUCCGAGGUACAAUUGGUUCUCGAAGUGUCUCAACGACGUCMCCUCCUGCCACUGGCACUAGUAGCAGCAGCAGCAACGGCAAUGGUAAUGGUGCUUCUUCAGUUGGACCAUCAGGAAUUUCGCGUCCUUCUUUCAACAAACUCAACAUCAAUCGCAAACGUGGAAGACCAACGGCAGCUCCAUCGACUACGAACAGUCAAGAAGACAGUCAAGAGGAAAUUGGACAAAGUCCAACAGCUGAAAGUGCAACCGUCAGUACGUUGUCCCCAUCGCCUAUAUUAAAAUCUGGUGUACGUUCGAGAUUACCAGGAGCACCUGGAAGUAUUGGAGGUCCUGGUAGAUUAUCACCUGUAGCCAGACCACCAGCUGGAAGACUAAAUUUAAGACAAAAACCUGGCCUAGCUAUUACUCCGGGUACAUCUACAACUAGUGCACCAGAGGAAGUACCUGAAGGAUCAGUAGAAGAACCAGCUGGAGAAGGAACCGAGGAAGAAACUCAUGAGGCGCCUGCCGAGACGAGUCCCCCAGCAUCGAAACCAACAACGGUGAAUCCAUUGAACAAGCUCAGAAACAGAAAUCGACUUCAGAUUCAUCCAAAGGCAACUACGAAAACACCCUCAUCACCGAUUGCUGCGUCGAGACGUUCGCCAUUGUUACCACGUAGAAAACCAACAAUAACAGAAGCACCAGCAGCUAUUGCACAAACCAGUCAAGAAGAAACUUCCGAAGAAGAGACUGGUGUAUCGUCAUCUGAUAAUGAACAAGCGACCGAAUUGGCAACCUCAGCUGAAUCCAGCACAGCUGCCAGCACAAAGCACGAAGAAACAAGAGGGUUCGGUGGUUUGCUAGCACCGAGACGAAGGAUAGCACCAAGACGUCCUGGUCAAAUAGUCCCUCGAGAGUAAAUAAUCCAGACAAUGUCGAUGACGAUGAUUAUAACAGUGACGAUACUAUUAACGAAACGACGACGACGA